AUGAGCUACGAAACCCUCCCAUCCAUGCCAGGCGCAUGGCCAUCCGACGACACAGACCCCACCUCCCCUCUAACCUUCACCCUCUCCGACUUCAUCUCCGCCACCAGCAUCACGCAAACCUACAUCGAAACCACACUCCAGCAAUCCAAAUCCCAAGUCUGGCUCUCCGAAACCAUGACAAACAUGACGCUGUUCACCCAUGCCGAGGAACUCGUCGAGAAAUCAGUGGCGUAUGUUAGCUACAUCGCUCCCUACAUCGGUUUCUAUUCAGAAGACCAGUUCCCGCCUCCGCUGGCCGAUGGGGUCAUACUGUCUUAUACUUUGGAGGAAGUAGGGUUGCUUCGGGCGAUACUGCGGUAUUCGCGGGAAACCGGGAUGCACGACGAUGCCGUCAUGACGCUGCAAGCUUUCAAGGAAGGCAUGGAGACAUAUCAGCUCACAAAGAGCAUCCAGGGGCUGGUUGCGUCGUAUCUAGAGUUUGGCAAUGCGAAUGUGGACGAACCACCGCAGAUCUGGGAGACGCCUGAGGUGUAUGCCCCUGCUUUUGUGGAUUCUCUGGCUACUGUUGAGGUCGAGACGGCGAUACGAGACGAUGUCCGUUGUCCAUUUUGUUGGGGUGCUUUUGGUGCGGGGGAGGAUGGGUGUUGUGGGGUUAUCAAACAGGUGGGGUGCUGUGGGAAGCGGUUUGGAAGGGAUUGUCUUAUUGAGGCUAUGUUGGGGAGUCUGCUGUGUCCAAAUUGUAGGAGGGAGUUUGCGGUUAGGCGCGUUGAGGAUGGAGAGAAUGCUUAG